AUGGACUUCACGACUAUCUUAAAUCGGAAGAACUCUGCCGCUGCAGCCGCCGCCGCCGCAGAAGCCCAAUUACACCAACAAUAUCUUCAGGGUGCGCAUAUGAACCAACAUACACCCUCUAUGAAGGCUGAGCCAGGCGUUUCGGAUAACCCUGUCAAUACAUACCCUCCCCACGCCGUCCCAAUGGAUCAGGGGCUCGCAGAAACCUUUUACUACGCUCAACAGCCAGGCUCCACGCCGCGGAAUAUGGGAUAUGUUCCCGGUGGAUAUGCCGGAGAACCCCAGGUGCAGCAAGCACCGAUUCCUUUAGAGCGAACUGGUGCUGAGGCUCCCCCCAAGACCUUUCAUUGCUCGACAUGUAACAAGGGAUUCGCUCGCCGCAGUGAUCUCGCUCGACAUGAGCGGAUUCACACCGGAGUCCGGCCACAUGCCUGCGAUUGGCCAGGAUGUGGGAAGCAGUUCAUUCAACGCUCAGCAUUGACUGUUCACUCCAGAGUUCAUACCGGAGAAAAGCCCCACAUGUGCGAGCGAUGCGGCAAGCCCUUCAGCGAUUCGUCCUCACUUGCGAGACAUCGUCGUAUUCACUCCGGGAAACGACCUUACAAAUGCCCGUACGCGAACUGCCAGAAGACAUUCACCCGACGUACGACGUUGACCCGACACCAAAAUCAUCACACUGGGACGAUCGAGGAAGCUGCCGCUGAGACUGAAGCCAACCUACGUCAAAAUAAGGAACGCCGUGGCCCGGGUGAAGGAAUGUUCCCGGAUCACACCUCAAUGGGCUCUACUCCGUCCCCUGGCCAGCACCCAUCUAUGUCGCCCGGGGGCGAUCUCCCGCCUUUGAACAUGCACCGCUCUGCUGGUGACUAUUACAUGGGCAGUGCUCCUAUCCCGCCUCAUGUACGAGGAGACUUUUCUCAGGGAAGUCCCCGUGCUUCUCCGACAGCGACAUCCCCGUCACUCUCAAGCUACGGCAGCGCACCUCACUCGCGGCCUCCUAUGACCUCCCAUCCCUAUGCUCCCCCACAGCCGCUGGAGCCCCCCGCCAACAAUGACCACCGGCCGAAUAGUGUGAAUGGCAGCCCCCAUAUGACCAGCCUGGGAUGGGCCUCGCCAUCUCAUGGCAGUAUGCCUUCCCCCGGUUCGACCAACGAUUUCGGCUACCCCGAACCCAGCGCGCCGACAUACCCAACCUCCAUGCCUCCACACAUGUACUUCCCUAACUCGACCAUCCGACGGCCCAACAGCACUGAGCCGGACAACUAUGAGACCAAGCCUCGGUUAGGUGACCACACCUGGUCCACACCGGUAUAA